UUACUCGUUAUUCAUUAUUCGUUCGACGUGGUUACAGUGUGUGUUCAGCGUUGUGUCAAACUUGUGUUUUGUUUAUUUCUCCGAGUGAUAAUGACAAUGGCGCAUUAGAGACGGGGCAUCAUCAACACAAGCAAAGGCACAGGCACAUGAACAAAAACGGCUACCGUUUUGCCAAAAGAGUAUCUACAUCCGGUGCGAGCAUGAAACUGCAAAUGCCUGCAGAGACAAUGCCAACGAGUUGAGAACUGAGAGGAGGCGACAACAACAGCGAACUGUUAACGCUGCCAAUAUGAUUAAUUUAAGGCAACUGGGCGCCUGUUACAGCCUCCUGCUACUACUGCUGAGCGCCCAGUUUACACUAGUAAGAUGCAAGCGAAAAGAAAUGCUAGCUGGCCGCCUGGAGAAUGUUACGCAGACGAUCUCAAAAAUACUGCAAGGAUAUGACAUCCGGUUACGCCCCAAUUUCGGGGGCGAGCCACUACACGUGGGCAUGGAUUUGACUAUAGCAAGUUUUGAUGCGAUCUCAGAAGUAAAUAUGGACUAUACAAUAACAAUGUACUUAAAUCAGUACUGGCGGGAUGAACGUUUGGCUUUCAAUAUCUAUGGACCUUACUACGACACGGAUGCCGAUGACGAUGGCGUCAACGAUGUGCUCACAUUGUCCGGAGACUUUGCAGAGAAGAUCUGGGUGCCAGACACAUUCUUUGCCAACGACAAGAACAGCUUCCUACACGACGUCACUGAGCGCAACAAGCUGGUGCGUCUGGGCGGUGAUGGAGCCGUUACCUAUGGUAUGAGGUUCACCACGACACUUGCCUGCAUGAUGGAUUUGCACUAUUACCCACUGGACUCCCAGAAUUGCACCGUGGAAAUCGAGAGUUAUGGUUACACGGUCAGUGAUGUUGUCAUGUACUGGAAACCGACGCCUGUGCGUGGCGUGGAGGACGCCGAACUGCCACAAUUCACGAUCAUUGGCUACGAGACGAACGAUCGGAAGGAGCGUCUGGCCACUGGAGUCUAUCAGCGACUGUCGCUCUCAUUCAAACUGCAACGUAACAUUGGAUACUUUGUGUUCCAAACUUAUUUGCCCAGCAUACUGAUUGUGAUGCUGUCUUGGGUCUCGUUUUGGAUAAAUCACGAGGCGACCAGUGCGAGAGUGGCUCUCGGUAUUACCACGGUGCUGACCAUGACCACGAUCAGCACCGGAGUUCGCAGCUCAUUGCCACGCAUCUCCUAUGUAAAAGCUAUCGAUAUAUAUCUGGUAAUGUGCUUUGUGUUUGUGUUUGCGGCGCUCCUCGAAUACGCUGCAGUCAAUUAUACAUACUGGGGCAAGCGGGCCAAGAAGAAGAUCAAAAAGCUCAAGGAAUGUGAUCGACAUAAAAUAGGGAAAUUGGAAAAGUCCGAAACGUGUUCAACAACAGAAGACAUAAUUGAGCUGCAGGACGUACGCAUGAGUCCUAUACCUUCGUUGCGCAAAGGUAACUACAAUGUGACCCUUGGCUCCAUUGGUACCGAGACCAUGGACUUGGCCAAGUUUCCGCCGAGCUUCCGCAUUACGCGCAACUAUGGCGCCGGUCGAAGUCAGUUGCGACAUCGCGGCCAACGGGGAAUCUCGGCGCGUCCACGCAUGAUGCAUGCGAUCAAAAAGAGUGCGUCGGCCAUUCGGGCGACCAUACCGAAGAUCAAGGAUGUCAACAUUAUCGACAAAUAUUCGCGCAUGAUAUUCCCGAUAAGUUUCUGUGCUUUCAACCUUGGCUAUUGGAUAUUCUACAUACUCGAGUAGUGUCUGGUGUCACUCCGCUCUGUCUUAGUCUCUCUCCCUCUCGCUCUUUCUCUCUCUCUCUCUGUCUUACUCUUUAACUGCAUCACUAUCUGUAUCUGUAUCUGUAUUUCUAUCUUAACAUGCUGCCCUCCCACUGAUGACAACCAUGAUAAACAUUAUAUAGACAUUUGACCAAUUUAUAUAAAUGAUAAACCCGCUGCAAAUAAAGUAGCACACGCACACGCACAGACACAGUCACACACACCACACAUACACAUUCAUAAAAAGAGCCAACAUAUACAUAUACAUAUUAUACAUAUACAUAUACAUAUGCAUAUAUACAAACGAUAAAUUCACUGUAAAUCAAGUUAGUUCGCCAUGAUUUAUUGAUAUUAACUUGCUGCCACAGCCCAAAUACAGGAUAAGCCCGAUGACCUGAUAACAUCUUCGACUUUGGAAUUAGUCCGCAACAAAUAAUGCCAAUCGGAACGAUGUCAAUCGUAAUCUCUCAAUAUUAGUUUCUUCCUUUGAUUGAUUCGGUUUUUUUUACACUUUAUGUUUCCUAAGUCACUUCACCAUUGCAUCACAUAUCAUUUACUGUAUAAUUCUUAGA